AUGAAGAGAGGGUUCAUUUUAAUUAUACAAAACAGAGAGUGGGUUAAUUCUGUUUUCUAAUCAUAGCAGUCAACAAUCCCAUCUUCUUGUUCUUCCUCUGCUUCUUCUUCCUUGUUCUGUUCAUUGAAAAAGAAAGAAAAGAUAUAUGAUGGAAACUGUGUAUCAACCUUAUUGCGUGGAUCCCCAGUUGGAAUUACUGAUUGAAAGAAUUUACCCUCCCAGAGUUUGCAUAGACAAUGACACCUUUCCGGAUUGCACCCUUCUCAAGGUUGACAGUGCCAACAAACAUGGAAUUCUACUUGAGAUGGUGCAGGUUUUGACGGAUCUCGACCUUGUUAUUUCCAAGUCUUAUAUUUCUUCCGACGGUGGAUGGUUCAUGGACGUUUUCCACGUGACAGAUCAGUUUGGAAAUAAACUCACCGAUGAAGGUCUCAUCCAUUACAUUCAGCAGGCAUUGUGUGCGAGUAGGAGAGAAGGGUCGUCAAGAACGGCAAGAAUGUGCAAUAUGGGGAAGAAGGGGUUGUCAUCAGAGCACACGGCGGCGGAAAUCACCGGAACUGAUAGGCCAGGUCUGUUGUCGGAGAUAUUCGCGGUGCUGGUUGAAUUGGGGUGCAACGUCACCGCUGCUGUGGCAUGGACCCACCACAAAAGUGCAGCCUCCAUUAUCUAUAUGGAAGAAGGUUUGAAUGGUGGAUCCAUAAAGGAUCCAAUGAGGCUGGCCCAUGUGCAGGAGCAACUUGAGAACGUGGUUGACGCCCAUAAUGGAGAGGGAGAAACAAGCAACGUGAGGCUGACUGCUCCAUCGGCCGGACGGACCCACACCGAGCGGCGGCUCCAUCAGUUGAUGUAUGCCAACGGCGAUUACAAGCUGUGUCGUUGUCGCGAUGAUAGUGAAAUAUGUAAAAAGGGUUGCACUCGAACGCAUGUAAGGAUAGAGAGCUGCAAGGAGAAGGGAUAUUCAAUUAUCAAUAUCAAGAGUAGGGACCGUCCGAAGCUGUUGUUUGAUACGAUUUGUGCCCUUACCGAAUUGCAGUACGUGGUGUUUCAUGCUGCAGUGAGUUCGAAUGGGACUAUAGCUGAUCAGGAGUAUUUUAUUCGACAUAAAGGUGGCUGCAUCUUAGACUCAGAGAGUGAAAAGAAUAGGGUUUUACAGGGACUUGUGGCAGCCAUAGAGAGAAGGGUUUCACAUGGAUUGAGGCUGGAACUCUGCGCUUUAAACCGAGUGGGAUUAUUAUCAGAUAUCACGCGGGUAUUCCGUGAGAACGGCUUGUCGAUAUCAGCCAUCGAUGUUGGAACCAAUGGCGAGAGAGCUGUUGGGUCCAUUUAUGUCACAGAUGCGUCGAGACAUGAUGUGGACGUGGAUCCACAGAUGUUGGAGUUGGUGCUCAAGGAGAUUGGAGGAUCAGUUGCCAUAGUUCAAGGGCCUUCAAAUCGGGAUGAUCAAACCUCCUCUUCAAGAGUAGAUCAGGGGACCAAAGUUACCAGAGUUGAAGAUAAGCCAAAAUUUUCAUUAGGCAACUUGUUGUGGUCUCAACUUGAACGCCUUUCGAGUAACUUUGGCUCUAUUAAAUCAUAGGGGGAGGGGAUCUUAAUGUUGGAUGUAUGUGUUGUAAAUCAUAAGGGAGGGGGUCCUAGUGGCAAUAAAGAAAGAUUAGUUGUGAAUAA